CUUGACCCACCCAGCAGGAAUUCAGAACAUGGGUGCGCUACAACACAAGCUACAGACGCAGUAAAAUUGUCGUAUUUCCUUCGGAUUUUUUAUUUCUACGGUGGUAGCGCUUAUACUUAUGCAGACACGAUCAGUACGAGUAGCAGUAGCAGCCGCGCGCAGAAGCACUGAGCACGCGAAGCGUGCGAAUCAUGUAGCCACCUAGCCUAGGCCAUAGGUAGCACUAGCAGCCGCACAAGCGCUGCGGACCACGUGAACCGUUCUCUGCAAAUAGAAACAUCUCCAACAAAAGGAUACAAAAGAUCUGCACUGACUGCACUCUGCAUCUGAUCUGCAGUGAAGAGCGCAUCGCACUUUUGUUCGUAAGUUUUUGAAUUUUUUGAGCCGCUUCAUCCGCCACCAGGUGAUGGACAACCCUGACCAGCCUCCCGAAGGCGUAACAGACGUCCCUCCUUCUCCUUCCAACGAUGAAGAACCUCCCUCACCAGGACUUCAGCGGUCUGGCCACCACCACGUGCUGAGCACGUGUGCGCUUCAUGUACUUGCUUCACCGGCAUGCCACAUUCGGCCAGGCAACGCUGGCGGGGGUGCUGCUAGUAUAGUAGUAUAAUCAUGGGUGUUUUUUUAGGUCAGAAAACUGGCUCUUGUCUUGUCCACCUUGAGCUCCUGCAUGGCUGGUACUCUCAAAUCGCAUGGUGAUGGUUGUAUUUUUCGCAGAGCCUUUCAAGAAGCUAGAUUGGUACCAGUUUGUUCGCCAGCAAUAUUGGCAGUGAACACUUCAUUGGCCUUGCUGGCACUGGUGCUGCAUCCGGUGUUGCUGUCUCUGCAUAUGAACUACAUGCUGUUUGGAUAGUACUACUUCUUGGCUGGCUCUUUGCACCUAUCUACCUCAAGUCUGGGGUGUAUACUAUGCCACAGUUCCUGGGACGGAGGUUCCAAAGUCCUCGGUUACGUGCCUUUGUCUCGGUCUACACGCUAAUCAGCUACAUCUUGACCAAAGUGUCGGUCGAUUUAUAUGCCGGGGAUGUCUUCAUGAAAGAAGCUCUUGGCUGGGACAUCUACCCAUCAACAAUCACUCUGUUGGUCAUCACUGGUAUCUAUACAAUCACUGGUGGUCUGGCAGCUGUCAUCUACACUGAAGUCUUGCAAUCAGUAAUCAUGGUCGCCGGCUCUUUUGUGUUGAUGGUUCUCAGCUUCAACAAAGUCGGCGGCCUUUCCGGUUUGCGUGAGAAGUGGCCAGGAAACUACACAUACAGCGUGCCAAACGGAACGUGUGAUGUCGGUGCAGUUCCAGACAACGCUUUCCACAUGUUCCGUAGUCCCAGCGAUGAGAAGUUUCCUUGGCCAGCCGUGGUGAUAGCUAUUCCCUCCACUGGCAUAUUCUACUGGUGCUCUAGUCAGGUCAUGGUUCAACGUGUUCUCGGUGCCAAGAAUGCGUUCCAUGCAAAGCUGGGGACGAUCCUGUGCGGCUUGCUCAAGAUUCUGCCCUUGUUCCUCAUCGUCCUGCCUGGCAUGAUUGCACGCACACUGUACCCGCGGCGAGUUGGCUGCGGCAUUGCUUGUGAAUGCGAGGAGAUCUGUGACAAUUCCGAUGGCUGCUCCAACAUUGCGUACCCCGAGCUGGUGCUGAAUGUCCUUCCAACGGGCCUUACCGGUCUUCUACUAGCUGUGAUGAUGGCAGCCCUCAUGUCCUCCCUGGCGUCGACCUUCAACAGUGCUGGCACAAUGUUCACCAUUGACGUCUGGAACGCACUCAGGCCGCACUCGUCACAGAGACAGCAGGUCGUUGUUGGCUAUGUGGUGGUGGUUGUCAUGGUGGUCAUCAGCGUCGCUUGGCUACCUGUUCUUGAAGCCCUGCAGGGUGAUCAGCUCUUUCUCUAUUUGCAGGCAAUCAGCAGCUAUGCACAGCCACCAUUGUCCGCAGUCUACCUGAUGGGUGUGUUUUGGACGCGCACAACACCACGCGGUGUCUACGCUGGUCUUACGGUGGGUUUGCUGAUCGGCUUGGUCCGCUUCGUCCUGGAGAGCGUCUACAACUCCAUGUCAAGCUCCGGUUGUGAGGACAUGCGUCCGUGGGUUGUGCGUGUUCACUUCAUCUAUGUUGGCUUCUUUGAGCUACUAGUCAGUUUGGUAAUCACAGCUGUAGUUAGUCUAGUCACUGAACCCAUUCCUAGGUCACAACUUGCUGGACUGACUUGGUGGACCAGAAAUGACAGCCAAGAAUAUAGUGUAGCACCGACCUCUAGUCCCGAGCACAACUCUGAGAACACCCUGCUUGUGGAACAUGAGGUCGGUCCUGAUGUCCGUGAAACGUCCUUGUCUGCCAAUGCUGCUGGCGGCGGCACUGCGUCUGAAAGUGAGGCUGGACUAUCUGAAGACGACAUGCCGGGUGGUAAUGUCGAUGAACAUACCCUGGAGUCGGACCACACUGAAGAGACGGUAGAGAAACUCUUUGGCUUCCGCUGGUCCCCCACUGGGCUCAAGUGGUUCUUGCGUAUAGCUGUUGUUGUCCAACUUACUAUUCUUCUGUCGGUCUGGAUAGUGUUCAGAUAGCAUGGCUCAGUGCAGGCACCUUUCAGCUGUGUCUGUCAUGCUCGUAUUGUUCAACAUGAUUUUCACUUAGAGCAAAGAAAGGACCAAGGAACUACAAGUAAGUUACGUUAUAAUGUCCACUAACAUCACCAGUUACUUGACCAUCAGCUCAUGCGAUAACAUUGCACUAGUCUUGUAACUUGUAGUUCCUUGGUCCUUUUCUUUGCUAUAAAUUUAUCCUUGGCUCUCCAUCCAAGUCCAUAAUUAUCACUAUUGCUAUUUAAUAAUUAUACCAAUUUUUACAUUGCAGUACGCACUAGUAUGACAUAUACUAGCAUGUUGUGCAUGGGUGUUGGAAUCAGUGUAUGGUGAUGGUGUCAGAAUUCACAGUGUCGUGCAUGCUGGCCAUGCAGGCUGUGUUUCUGAAUAUUCUAUUUUUAUUUUUGUUUCUAUGCGUACGUGUGUGUUUUAGCUACAUUACAUUAUGCGUAUUGAACCUCCUGCCCCCCCCCCCCCCUAACUAGGUGUUUUAUAAUAUUUUUUCAGUACAAAAGUCUCAAUUUUUUUACAACACAUCUGGGACCUUUCUCUUUUUCACUUUUUUAAUUGAAGUAUCACGCGACGAUCGUUUCGCCGUAUUGUUCAUGACGGCUCUUCAGCUGUGCACUAAUAACUCAGAUGGUGAGCCAGGAAAAAAUUGUAACAUGGAAAAUGUGGGCACAAGUCAUACUUAACUUGUGCCUGCAUUUUCCAUUUUCACUGAAGAUGCUCCAUUCUUUCUGGAAACUUCCUAUACGUUAUUAUGCACUCUGCUUUAUUUAUUUUAAAACCGUGAUGACCUUGCUGCUUGGGCUAGCUGCACUGCAUCUUCCAGGGCUGAUACCAAUCCUUGCUUCUCCAGCCUUCUUUCUAACUGC